AUGCGAGGCAACACUAAUGUCCACCUAGUAUGGAUAUCCCUUCGUAGUCAGCCAUCCCGUCGGCUGCUGCCUCGCCCGGUUCAUCGGCGGCCACAAGACGGAUCUGACCACCGAAUCCCGGUCGUUUCUGCGGUUUUUUUCUUUUUCCCUUGUUCUUCCUUCCAUGGGCGCACCGCCCGUCGCCCCCCGCAGUCAAACACUGGGAUGGAUCUCUCUUCUGAUCGGCCGUCGAAAAAUGUCCAGUUGACGUUGAACUUUCAGCUCCGGGAUGAUCCCUACCGAGAAAUCCUAGGAGCGGCGUGCGGCGCCACCACUUGCCAGCCUUUCAGCCCCCCAAUGUGGGAAAUAACCGGGGAAUCGGCAGGUUUCUGGAUGUCUCUGGAUGUCUCUGCGCUCUGGGACAAGAAAAAGCAAUACCAGAGGUCUAGACUUUGGAAGCGGUUCAGCGGCAGGCGGCAGGCUCUAUCCGUCGCAACGGGGGGAGAGCAUCCUUCAAAGACCAGACAGACAGAGAGGGGUCUCGCUGGAGCCAAUGAAGGUUGGCGAGUGCAACACAGAUUGGGUUUCGAGACCAUCUAG